AUGAGGCUCGUCCCUAUCCUCUGGGCCGCCUGGUCCCUCAUCCUACCCGUCCUUGCCCAAAAGCCGCAACUCCCCCUCUUCUCAACAUCUCGCUGGAUAACAGACUCGUUCAACGCCCGCGUCAAACUCCGCUGCAUCAACUGGGCCGGCCAUAUGGAGGUCAACCUCCCUGAGGGUCUCCACAAGCAGCCGAUAGAGUACCUGGCCGACUGGAUCAAGCAGCAAGGCUUCAACUGCGUGCGCCUCACCUUCUCGACAGACCACGCCACGAACCCGGGCAUCACCGUCCGCGACUCCUUCGUCAACGGCGCCAAAGCAGCCGGCGUGCCCGAGGCCGACCUGCUCAAGCUGUACGACCAGGCCCUAGUCCAAAACCCGUUCCUCGCCGACGGCAACAUAACGCAGCGCGACGUCUUUGGCAAAGUCAUCGACGUCCUCUGGGAGCGCGACAUCAUGACCAUCCUCGACAACCACGUCAGUAAAGCCUCCUGGUGCUGCAACCUCGACGACGGCAACGGCUGGUGGAAAGACGCGCGGUUCUACUGGGCCGCCAACUCGCGCUACUUUGACACGGACGACUGGCUCGCGGGCCUGCAGCAUAUGAGCCUCUGGGCCAAGACCAGACCGGGCGUCGCGGCGAUCUCCAUCCGCAACGAGUUGCGCGCCACCUGGACGCAGAUUCCCUUUGCCGCGGAUCAGUGGUACGGCUACGUGACGCGUGGGGCUAAAGUCGUCCACGAGGCAAAUCCGGACGUGCUCGUCAUCAUCGGGGGCCUCAACUCAGCCACGGACUUUUCCCCGCUACGGACGAAGAACCUCGAUACAAGCGCGUGGAAGGGGAAGAACGUGUGGGAGGCGCAUAGCUACAGCUUCACGGUGACGACGCCAAAUUUCGGAGACUGCAAUGUUGAAAGGGCAGAGUACGGCGCCUUGUUCGGCUUCGUGCUGGAGCACGGUAAAGGGUACACCGGUCCGCUGUUCAUGUCCGAGUUUGGGGCCGCCAUGCAGGGCGGGAGCGAGGACGGGCUGUCGGCCGAGGAGCACGCGUACCUGACUUGCCUUGUGGGCUAUCUCGAGGACAAUGACGCGGAUUGGGCGUUGUGGACGAUUCAGGGGUCGUAUUAUGUGCGGAACAAGGCUGUUGAUUUCGACGAGACGUGGGGUGCCAUGGAUCACGAGUGGAAAGAUUGGAGGAAUGGCAAGUUCAAGGGGCUCUUGGGGAACAUUUUUGCCGUUACUCAGGGGCCUUAG